UCGAGAGAGAGACGUCGAGAAGGAAGGACUCCUCGAGUAGCUCAUAGGACUCCUCGAGCAGCUCAUCGGACUCCUCGAGCAGCUCGUACCAACCGCCAAGCCUUUCUCAAGGCCGACUCAGUGAGACUGAACGUGGAAGGAACCCGGCCUCGACUAUCGUGCGGAUGAGAAUCAUGCUCUGUAAUCCCAUUUUUCUUGGGAUUGGUUGGAGGAGGAUGGAAAGGCUAUUGUUGCUAGUGGUCAUGGUGGCGCUGGUGCAAGGUGAUGGGUGCGACCAGAAGUGUGGGCGGUACCUGGGUACAAAGGGGUACCGGUACUGCUGCAUGAAUUUCAUGAGGAAAAGAUCGCCGUUGUCUGCUGUUCCUGAUUCCGUGCAUCAGCCGGUAACCGUUGUGAAAACGAGGAUGGGCCCAUUCAAUGCCUUCAGGAACCUGCAGUCCCUACUUCACCCGAUCGGUUAUCGACGCAUUCGAGGUGGUUUCUGCGGAGGAGAAUGCAACGUCUAUUACGGGAUGCCCUCCUACCGACUCUGCUGUAUGAAUUUCAUGCGUAGGCGGAAGAGAAUCCUCCCUUCCUCCAUCUAACCGUUCGAUCGAGAUGAAGCGAGAUGUCACAAAAUACGAAAAGCAUGAAUCGGCUCGUGGCGUUUUGUUUGCUUUUAAGAAAGAAAUGGCAACUUUAUUUCGUCGAUACACAUGAAAAG